AUGAAUCAUAUAGAAUCGGUAUUUUGGCGUCAACUUUUAGCAAAUAUUUCUUAUGAAGUAUUGAAUACUAUACUGUUUACAGGAACAAUUAAAAUUGACUGGGAAACUGGUACACAACUUUUGAAUGGUGUUAACUGGUUAGAUAACUGGUUAAGAUUACGCAAAUUAGAUAAGCAUAAACGUCCAUUGAAUAUGUUAAUGCAAGUUGCAAGUCUGCUAGCUACGCCCAGGCUACAGCUUUUUAAAAUGACGUGGAAUGAUAUGAGAGAGGCUCAUCCUUCUAUUCCGCCUGCCUUAUUGCGUUUUCUGUUGGAAGAAUAUGAAGAUGGUUUAGGCGUGCAGAAUACAAUUAACUGGAGCAUUGAUGAGAAAGAUGCUGCUGUAGUUGAUGAAGAUCCUACCGACUUAAUUGAGUUAGCAUUGAAAGGUUGGAAGUCUAAAGAACGCUUACGUCCAACAAAGUCGAAUCAUCAUCAUCAAUCACCUCCUUAUAGACCAAUGGACCCAUAUGGUUUAUGCACUCAAAAUACCAUGAAGAAUUGUAUUCAUCAGUUGGAUACAAAACUGGCAUCUAAUCAAUCACCAGUUAUUCAUUUUCGAUGGCAAGAAUUAAUUCGACAGUUUCCCCCACCAAGAGUUAUUCCACAGAUUCAUGGAAAUCGUAAUUCUGCCUUUAAUCGAUCAGCAAUACGUCAUAAAUUAGCAGUUACAAAUCGUAAACGAUUGCCAAUAAAAUCGAGUAAUGGUCGAACAAGUGUAUCACCGUUGAUGAUUAAUCAAGGUGCACUUAUAGAGAAUACAGAGUUCUCACCAUUACCCAGUAAAGCGCAAACAAGUCAAAUUUCAAGCUCAAUAAAUUUAACUAAUGGUAUGAAACCGAGACCUUCGAAUGGUGAACCUGUUUGGCGUGGAAAUCAUAUUUCAGAUAUGAAUAAUCAACCAACUGGUGGUUUAGAUAAUAAUCAACAAGCGUUUUAUUAUUUAAAAGGAUUAGCUGCUUCUAUUGGUGGAAUUGAUUUAAUUGGUAAUAGCAAUAAUAAUAAUAACAAUAAUAAUAUGUAUCCAGAUCUGAAUUCCUCAUUUGAGCGUAAAUACGCACACCAUCGACAGACAGGCAGUAAAAUGAAUUACUAUCCCCAGGAGAAUGUUUAUCAUAGCCAAGUAUUUAAUCGUAAAGCAAUUAGUCCUCAAUGGUCAAGUCAAAUGUUAGACACUAAUAGAACAGAGACACCAAUAUCUCAGUGGUAUUUUGAUCCACGUCUUCAAGGUCCAAAUGGUUUAUCACAAAGCGUAGGAGAUUUUAAUAGUGGUUCAAGACCACCGUCAAAUUUCCCUUCACUCAGCCGCCUAAACAUAGAUCAGCUGAAUGAAACCGCCAAUGAUUGGAAACAAUAUCGGAUGUCAUUACUUGGUCAAGGAUUGGAUAAAAUUAGAACAUCAAGGGCUGGUUCUAGGUCGGCUACACCGGGACUGAUAUCAAAUCGAAAUGUCAGCAGCAGUAUGUCAAAUUUGCCAACAAAUCCUGUUCCUAAUCCUUUUAAAAUUCCAGAUGUUACAAUUCAAGAAACAACAGAUAAUAGUUCGGAAAUAGUAAGUGAGUUGGAUAGAGGAAGAGAUACAGAUUCUGAUGCAAUGAGUUCUGUGAAUCUCUUGGAUAUGAAUCCAGAAAGAGGACUUAGUGAUGUAUUGUCGCGAAGCGGUUUGGGAAAUUCAGUGUCAAAUGUAACACUUCAUAAAGAGCCGAAUUCUGGAUUCGGUUUGGUAUUGGUUGACGGUGAGCGUACUAGUCUUGAUCAGCCUGGCGUAUUUGUGAAAUCUGUUGCUCCGAACAGUGUAGCUGAUAUGAAUGGGACAUUUAGACUAGGGGAUAGAAUUUUAGCAAUCAAUGGACGUGAUCUCACAAGCAUGACAUAUAAGGAUGCUUUAGCUCUGUUGCGGCAAUGUGUAAAUCAGACAACUUUUACUGUACUGCGCUGUAAUUUGCCCGAUCCAGAAGCAUUGCUGAAACGUAAAGAUGUCUAA